GUAACCAGUGCUGUCUGAAACCUUCCCCAGCACUAGACCGCUUCUGAUUUGAGUGAAGGGGACCAGAGUGUCCUCUCCUUCUGUGGGACUCCCUCAGUGGACAGAACCUCCCCCUUACCCCCAUUCCUCCGCAGACCACCAUGGGCGAAGUAGUCAUUGUGAAGGAGGGAUGGCUUCACAAACGAGAGGAUGACACCCCCCACUGUAUGACUGAACUGUCGCCAGCGCACGCCGCCUCACCUCGACACAGCUGUAGCCACGGGGAAGAACGGAUUGCAAAAUGAAGGAGUUCAGAGAAUGACUGACAAUGACAAACGAUGGUUUCAGCCACUUAUGUUUGUUUUCACAUAUGAAAUCCUCUAAUUGCCUACACGGGAUAUUUCCGAGUGAAUUCUGUUAUUGGGUUGUGUACAACACCCUUUUUCAAUCACAGAGGCGCAACUUAACUUUCUGCAAUGGAGCAGGGAUAAGGGUGUGGUGGAGGGCGACAGCAGCAGUAAGACUCCUACACACUCUGUGGAAGUUGGACGGUUGAGGAGUUUGCAAGGCCAAUGGGUUAUUACGGGAGAAUCCUCCCUCCCUCCAGCCUCGGACAGUCGGACAGUGUAGCGCCGUGUCUAGGAGUUUGGGGGUCAUCCCAGUUCAGCUAUGCAGACAGACACCACCCGGAAUGGCUCUGGGCCCUGUUCAAAAGGAAGGCAGCCGACGCUGGAUUUGUGCCGCUUAGUGUGGCGGCAAGCCUGUUUUGCCCACAAGGGAUUUGGGGGGAGAUGUUUUUUCUCUCUCGAUGUGGCCAUGGUGACAUCACCCAUGGGAAACCAUGAAGGCUGCAGGGUGGUGCUGUCAGGCUCUUUCAGCUCGGAGUGCAUUUUAAAAAUGCUCAUGCUUUGCCCACCUGUCACUCUCAAACUUUAUACAACAACUUUAGGUUAGGAGGGUCAUGCUCAUUCAGGCACUGUAUGCCAGUCACCUAAUUUAAACAUGCCAAUGUGCAUCAUGUCUCCUCUGUAUGGUUGACAAUAUGCUGAACUGGUUUGUAUGUAAUUGAAGCAAGGUAUAUAACUGUAGCCUGAAUGACCCGAUUAUGCCAGGUUUCUUGCUUUCAUCAGAUAGGGCUGUAUUUUAGCAUGAAGUGGGUCAACUAUUUGGGUUUAAGCGAUUUCUGAAGGGCAUUGGUUCCAUCACUGCAGACCGAGUUUGGACUUUCCCACUGUUCCAGGGAUAAUCAAAGCCACGGAUGGAUGCUAGGACGACCUCCAUGGGACUCUUCACAUUGAAACACGGCAGGGCCUCCAACCAAGGUGUAAGUCAACCAAUGGAAAAGCUCGGAGGAAAACAUCUGGACUCCCUGGAACGCAUCUACCUUUCCCUUUUUUUGCCAAUAUCUCAGCAUGGCUCGGAGUCCUCUGAUUCCAAGCAAAUGAGUCAUACACGAGGUAGGAGAAAAAUGUGGUUUGGAUGUGACUCCUGGACUCAAAAUUCACAACUGGAAAGGCUUAUUCUUAAAUCCCAUCCUCAGCCUAAAUACUAUUUAGUGUCCUGGCAGCUGGUUGGUUCCUGAUAUGGCAAAGUAGCCACACCCUUUAGCCUGCGGCUAUGUGGCUUGCGAUAGUUUGCCACUCUUGCCUGAUCAAAGCAUUCCGUUCGCAAACGUUGCAGAGGAGACGGGUACACAUAUUGAGGAGUGGCUGCAAGGCAGAGACAUACUGGUAGUGGUGGCUCCUCCUAACACUUACAUAUGGAUGAGAAAUGUGUGCCGAGUUAUCAAAGGGAUACACACAGCACUUACUGUACCACAUUGUUGUGUUACCGAGGCCUAGCAUAAGGUUCAUAGUUGCUUGCAAAUGGGACCGCUGACCAGAAGACGACGGGCGCACUCGGUCGUCUGUGCUUGUGCUUGAAAGGAAGAGUUCAGAGACAGGAGAGUACAUAAAGACUUGGAGACCCAGGUAUUUCUUGCUGAAGAGCGACGGUACAUUCAUUGGCUACAAGGAGCGACCGCAAGACAUCGACCAACUGGAGACGCCACUCAAUAACUUCUCAGUAGCACCAGAAUGUCAGCUGAUGAAAACAGAGCGUCCUAAGCCCAACACAUUCAUCAUCCGCUGCCUGCAGUGGACCACUGUCAUAGAGCGCACCUUCCACGUGGAUAGCCCCGAGGAGAGGGAGCAGUGGACGAAGGCCAUCCAGGAGGUGGCUGAUGGGCUGCAGAAACAGGAGGAGGAGAGGAUGGACUCCUCGCCAGACCCCAUGGACAUGGAGAUGUACCUCACCAAACCAAAACUUAAAGUGACUAUGCCCGACUUUGAAUACCUCAAGCUCUUGGGAAAAGGCACUUUUGGGAAGGUUAUCCUGGUGAAGGAAAAAGCCACAGGAAAAUACUACGCUAUGAAAAUCCUCAAGAAAGAAGUGAUUGUGGCGAAAGAUGAAGUAGCUCACACGCUCACUGAAAACAGAGUACUGCAGAACUCCAAACACCCCUUCUUAACGGGUUUGAAGUACUCCUUCCAGACGCCUGACCGCUUGUGUUUCGUCAUGGAGUAUGCCAAUGGAGGAGAGCUGUUCUUUCACCUAUCACGAGACCGUGUGUUCUCCGAGGAGAGGGCCCGGUUCUACGGAGCGGAGAUCGUGUCGGCGCUGGACUACCUCCACUCGGAGAAGAACGUGGUUUACAGGGACCUGAAGCUGGAAAACCUGAUGCUGGACAAAGACGGCCACAUCAAGAUCACAGACUUUGGCCUGUGUAAGGAGGGCAUCAAGGACGGGGCCACCAUGAAGACCUUCUGUGGGACGCCAGAGUACCUGGCCCCCGAGGUGCUGGAGGACAAUGACUAUGGUCGUGCUGUGGACUGGUGGGGUCUGGGUGUGGUCAUGUAUGAGAUGAUGUGCGGUCGGCUGCCCUUCUACAACCAGGACCAUGAGAAGCUGUUUGAGCUGAUCCUGAUGGAGGAGAUCCGCUUCCCUAGAACCCUGGGGCCCGAGGGAAAGUCCCUGCUCUCUGGCCUGCUCAAGAAGGACCCCAAGCAGAGGUUAGGUGGAGGGCCUGAUGACGCCAAGGAGAUAAUGCAGCACAAGUUCUUCGCUGGGAUCGAGUGGCAAGACGUGUAUGAGAAGAAGCUGGUCCCACCCUUCAAGCCCCAGGUCACCUCGGAAACAGACACCCGCUAUUUUGAUGUGGAGUUCACCGGGCAGACCAUCACCAUCACGCCUCCAGGACAAAAUGACAGCAUGGAGUCUUUCGACAGCGACAGGAGACCCCACUUCCCCCAGUUCUCCUACUCUGCCAGUGGAACAGCCUGAACCUAAACCGAAGCCUAGACCCCCUACCCUCUCCUCACCCUCUUAUAGACCAUACUGCUCUCACCUUAAUGCCCCAAUCUCUGAACAGACCUCAUCCUCAUAGGCCAUCUAUGACCUCACUCAUGUUUAUCUUCUUUUUUGUCUGUUUGUUCUGUAAUUGUUGGGGAACAUCUCAAUUGUCUAGUGUGGCUUCUUAGCCUGUUCUCCUCUUCAGAUGAGUCCAGGGGAGGAGAGGAGAUGAGGAGUGGAAGGCCACUUUCGACUAUUGAGUCUCCCUUGUUGUCACCAGUGUUUCAAAUACUGUACUUGUGUUGCUUAGAGGGGAGGAGUCGGUUGCCUGCCAAUAGGAACACACUUGGACUAGAGGUCAAAAGUCACUAAGAUACAGUGGUGACCGGCCAACCUAAUUCUUCAUGGCAACAUGAUUUCCUGUCAAUGAUACAUAUGCAGCUAGCCUCAAAAGAGAAGCACAUUUAUAAACAAUCUUUGAAAAUGAGCUUUUUAAACGGUACACUAUCUAUUUCUACAAAUUAUUAGCUUUAUAUUUUGAUGGAGCAAAGGAAACAUCAUAGCGUGAUCUUUAGAAAUAGUCCUCCUUCUUCCCAUCUUCUACUAGCCACCACUGCCAUUGUGCUCUCAAAGACUCACAGAUAUUCAGAGGUUUGUGAGAGGUAACACUAAAGCUCCACACCUGGGUUGUGUUCAGUAGGGCACCACAAAGCAAAACGUUUUGAAAUAGAAAAUGAAAAUAUGUGUUCUUAUUAAACAAGUUCCCGUAGCACAGGGAUGGGCAACUUUGGUGAGGGUGGGGGCCACAAAAAAACGGAACUCAUCACGAGGGGCCGCAGUGGCUCGCGGGUCUGCUUACCCAAAUCCAUACCCACACAUGCACUCAGUCCGGCCCUAGCCUUUUGAGGGGCCCUAAGUUAGAAUUGCAAUUCUACACAUUUUGCCAUAGGGUGGAGAGAAAUGUUUUUAAUAUGCAGUUUUGCAGUUUUUAAUAUAUCUGAGUGAGAGUGACUAAUAAAAUCAAAUGGGGCCCCCGGCCGUUAAAUUGACCAUAAUUACUACAAGUUUAGAUAGCUGGUUAGACUAACUACCAAUCUAUAAUAUCUUAGCUGACAUGGGCUAAUUGAGGGACUGUCAGUGACUGAUAUAACAAGAGAAACUGCUCAUUUCAAAAUUGCACCUUGUGUAUUGUACUAUUAUUACUCUAAACAAUCAGAUACUUUGUUUUUGGAAAGCUGCCCAACCCUGCCGUAGCACCUCCUGUUUGCUUUCUCCUAUUUUGUGACUUCUGAACAUGACCCUGCUGUCUCUCACCUCUCAAAUGUUGAUCCUCCCAAACACACACACCUUCUAGUAGCAGUGAGGACUAGAGUACUGAAAUGGAGUCUAUAGAAUGAUCUGUUAUUCUACUUUUCUUCAGUGUUCCUGGCCUCCCUCGCCUUCUGGCCUAAGCUUUCCUUAGUUAGAGUGACUACAGUACAGUGAAAGUUUGGUGAACGGGAUCACACCAUCUGUGAAUUGGCGUGGUCGCAGAGUGAAAUUCACAAAACGGUGAUUAUAAAGGACAUUUUUGUGGGGUGUUGGUGUAUCUGGCUACUUUUAUGAUUUGGGAAAUAGAUUGUUUUCAUGCGAAUAGCAAUCUGGAUAUUCCGGUACAACUCAGCGGGCAAAAGUUGCUGCUGCAACCACAGUAGGGAAGAUACGUAUUUUCCCUGAUACAUAUUAGGUUGUAUGGUGAAAUGACUGGAUGUACGUACUUAUUUUGUUAGAAAGGCCACUAUAUCCAUUUACCCAUUAAACAAAUGGGCUCUGUUGAAAUCAUGUGUAAGGAACCCUUUUGUUGGUUUAUAUUUCUCUAUCAAAGCUAUAGACAUAUACAACUUCAAAGUACAUUGAGAUAGCUAAUAAAAGUCACUUUUUUAUAUCUAGCAGAGAACCAUGCUCGUAGACCUGUUAGCUGCUAGCUACAUGAUGAUAAUAGAAAUCAACUUUAAAAAACAAAUGUGUUUUUCUACCAGCAUGCCAUUGAAUGCUGACACAUGCAUGGCUUUAACAACGGAAGAGUCUGGAGCUUGCCUGUAAAGAUUUUAAAACGAUUUACCAACCAAGCAGUUGCUCCACAACUAUCUGGUAUUGAGAGCACAGGUCACAGUCCGAACAAUGUAUAACAAAACUCUUACCAGCCAUGUUCCAGUACAUAUUCUGAAGACCCUUAGCUUGGUGGACAGUUUCUGUAUACUGUGGGAAGACUACCUGGUCUAAGUAAAUGUAAUUGUGCAAUAACAUAGGGCUGUGAUAUGAGAGGAAAGAAGGAGCAAACAUAUUUGUGACUGGAAUCCUCGUGAGGGUAGAUGGGAUAGGGGGCUGGGCAAAGCUGAUACAAAAUGGAUGGUUUGAAAUGAAUGUCUUUCUUUUAGCUAGAACUGUGACCAAAGUCUUGUUUAGUUUGUGUGAGAUUUACAACCUCGCCCUGACCCUUAACCUUACCGGAGUCGCACUGACUGACAACUGGGGAAUAUGAUCAUCUGAAAGGCAUGCUCAUGUACUGAUACGAACCUCUGGAAUUGAGUGUACAAAAUGAAUGGUGUGAAUGUUCUGUUCUACCAACAAAUUGACCUUCUCUUUGCUGUUAGAUUGUCAACAGGUAGCCUAUUAUUUGUUUGUACGUUUAAUUUUUCUAUUGUUUUGCGAUCCUUUCCAGUUAUUGGGUGUUUUCUCCCCAAUGCUUUUAGCAACACCUCACUGAGGUCACUGUUACAGUACUCAACCCUUUUAGACAGACAGCUACUGUACAUAGACAGUUACUGGUGCAGCGAAACACACCAAGGCUGUGACUAUCCACCAUCAAGGAAGGAGGACUAUGUAUUUGUGUGUGUGUGUACACAAGCGAUUGUGCGGGCAGGUCUGUGAGGCCAACAAUUCAAUGCAUUUGUAUCAGUGAUUUGUCACAAACUCACUGGCUAUGUAUGGUAUGUUAGUCAAGGAAAACAAAUGAGAAUCUUAACUUUUUACAUAUUAAAUCACAAAUAUUUGAGACGUAAAUACCUCAAUGGUCUUAAUUGAAUCCAAGUGAGGGUAUCCACAUUUUGCUAGUGGUAAUUUACGUUGUGUCCAGAUGCCCUAGAUUCUAGGUUUGUUAAGUGUUAAGGCCUUAUUUAAUUUGAAGUUAGUUGAAACCCCUCUGAAUAUAAAUUAUUUAUUUAGGAAAUGGUUCAAAAUGUUCACUGAACAAUACAAUUAAUAAUUAAUGUUAAAGAAAUGAUAAAUGAAUGUAAAACAUAUAUUUAAUUUUGUUGACCCAUUCCAGUUUUGUAUAUUUACUUAUUUUUUUACUUCCUUAUUUUGAAAUCAUUGACCUAAUUGUUGCUUAUCGACCGGUCCUUCCCUGGUGAUUCACCAUGUAAGUUGGGGGGGUAAGAAAAUGUUAAAGAAUUUAUAUUUAAGUUAUUUCAUUCCCUUUGAUGCCCCCUUUGUAGAUGAGAAACUGAACAAUUGAAUGCACCAGCUUUUGUGAACAAAGAACCAGUGUAGGCUGCUGAAGGGAGGAAGGCUCAUAAUGGCUGGAACAGCGCUAAUGGAAUGGCAUCAAACACAUGUAAACCAUGUGUUUGCUGUAUUUGAUACCAUUCCACUGAUUCCGCUCCAGCCAUUACCACAAACCAUCCUCCCCAAUUAAGGUGCCACCAACCUCCUGUGCAAAGAAUGUUUUCAUUUGCUGUGUGGGCAUAAAUGUGGCAUUAUUUUUCAUUGGGAUUCAGAAAUAAAGACUUUUUGGACAAAUAU